GAAAAAUGGGCGCAAUUCGUCAUCUAAGAAACAAUCUCAUGAUGCUCUCUUUUGGCUUUUAUUGUGUGACUUGUUGUGUCAAGUCGUGGAAUACCAGAAGCUUGUCAAUUCGAAACAAAUGCUUUUAUUUCCCAAAGAAAAGUUUUCGAGUUUCUUCUCGGAAGACAUAUCCUUUUUGGGAAACCAAAAGGCCGCUUAUCAUGGUGACUGAUAGUUCCCAAAUAGCUCCUGAUAGAAAUGAAACCCUACUGGGAAUAUUCUAUUUUAGCAAACCUGAAGAACUACCUUGUCUAGUUCAAGAGCAUCUUGAUGAACUGGAUGAAGACUUUUAUGCUUUUCUACAGUUUAAGAUUGACUCAGCUUCAGAUGUGGAGGAGCGAGUUGCUCUCAAAGUACUCAAGGAUUCUCUUACAGAGAUCAUUCAGGGUUUAGGAAAGGAAGCUUUGGAACAACUCGUAUCCCAGGGUCCCAGUGCCUCUGAUUCCAACGUGGACAAAGUGAAUUCUACAAGAACGAGUUAUGACGCGGCAAGUUAUGACGCUUUGAUAGAUUCUCUUUUGAAUAGGGAGGACAUGAAAACUGGAGUGCAAGCAGAAUACGAUAAACUUGAUGGCUACUUUCUAGAAAGAUUAGAGUGGCGAAUCCGACAAGCUAGUGGAGAUACUUUUGACAAGUUGGUACUAUUGGAUAAUAUUAUACAAGAAGUCGUACAAGAUAGAAUGAAGUUGGCAGGAAAGAGGCUGAGUGAUGCUCUUCAAUGUGGUUCACCGGACAUUAUCGAAAGAAAGUUUGAAGAGAUGAAUCGACGAGGAGAAAUUGAUAGUGCGUUGUUGUUAUUGUUAUCGGCGAAUAUUGAGGAAGCCCGAAAACACAAUUCCAUUCAAGCUGUCAAAGUAUUGGAAAGGUUGCAGAAUAAAGUAGCCCAGUUGAAGGAUGAGUCUACUUCUCCAGAAGUUGCAGUUGUGCGUCAGUUGCUUCGAACUGAGAGCGAAGAAGCCAGAAGAGAAAUUCUAAAAAAGGCCUUUUCUGUAGGUCCUGCGAUAUACAUGGCAGAUGGAAGUGUUGCUCCAUCCAAAUCAAAGAUAAAUGGGAAAAAGUUUGUUCAAGUUCUGAAAAAGUUGAAAGAAGAGUUUGGGAACAUUGACUCGACAUUUUUGCAAAAAUUGGAUACAAUCGCAGAAGAAAGUGAACAAGUAGUUAUGGAGAUAUUUAAUAUGACGCAAGUUGAUAAGGAUGCCAUGCAGGAAGAUGCUUUUUAUCAACAACGAGUUUCUGUUUGGGAAUUGGCUGAAUGGGAAGAACGCUAUGAACAACAAGGGAAGCGACCUCCUUGGCAGAAGUGGUUUACUUAAUAAAGAAGGGCUAAAAAUAUUAUUUUUAG